AUGGACGCCUCACCACCGUGCUCCAUAGAUGCCCACCGUGCCGCCGUGCCGCCACCCUCACCCAUAUUGGACGGCUUCGACCGUUUGCCGCCUUGCAUCUUCUGGCUGCGCCAGCCAUCCACCACCUUGCUGUUCCCAUUGGGUCAUAACGACAGUGCCCUGCACCUCACUGCUGCAACCAUGCCCGAAAGCAGGUCAGUGGACUCCUGCGGCCCCGACCCCGCACUCGACAUUGCCGCCCUCGUGCGCGUCCCAUGGCUCAACGCCCCACCGUCCUGCCAGCCCGACCACACAAUUGAUGAGCCGGAUCCACCUCUAACACUGGAAUUCGCGCAAGACGACUCUUCCGAACAUUUCGUCAUCACGAUACGGGCUCGCCUCGACACGUCUUAA